AAGAAGCAGCAUCCUUUGCUACUGCUACUGUCUUUUGCCUUGUCUGCAACUCAAUGGCGUUGGUUGGGACAGUCAAGCUCUUUCUCUUCCUUGUUCUCCUCUGCCUCUUACACCUCCUCUCUUCUUGUCAAGGUAGGGAAAAUUGGGUGAAAUCACAAUACCCGUUCAUCAAGCGCGCAAGCUCGUUCUAUCGGGACGGCCAUGAGAGAGAGAAAGGAUACGAUUACAUAAUAGUCGGAGGUGGCACCGCCGGCUGUCCAUUGGCGGCGACAUUAUCACAAAACUUCAGCGUGCUGCUACUGGAAAGAGGCGGCGUUCCUUUCACGAAUGCAAAUGUGUCUUUACUUCGAAAUUUCCACAUUGGCCUCGCCGACACUUCUCCGACCUCGGCUUCUCAGGCCUUCGCUUCGACGGACGGAGUUAUCAACGCGAGAGCUAGGGUUUUAGGCGGCGGUUCCGCCAUUAAUGCCGGCUUCUACACCAGAGCAAGUUCAAGAUUUAUAAAGAGAGUGGGGUGGGAUGAGCAGUUGGUGAAUGAAUCGUAUUCAUGGGUGGAGAAGCGGAUCGUUCACCGCCCCAAGCUCACCGAUUGGCAGAAGACUUUCACCGACAGUCUAUUGGACGUCGGAAUCUCGCCCUUCAACGGUUUCACCUACGAUCAUCUCUACGGCACCAAAGUCGGAGGGACCAUUUUCGACCGCUUCGGCCGCCGUCACACCACCGCCGAACUCUUACCGUCAGGGAAUCCUGAUAACCUAACGGUUCUGGUUCACGCCACUGUUCAACGACUCAUCUUUGACACCACUCACGGUAAAGAACCGAAGGCGAUUGGGGUCGUAUUCAAGGAUGAAACUGGUAAUCAGCAUAAAGUUUUUCUAUCAAGCAGGCGGCAGAGUGAAGUUAUAUUAUCCAGUGGGGCAAUUGCGACUCCACAAAUGCUGUUGCUCAGUGGAAUUGGUCCCAGGGAUGAUCUUGAAAAGUGGAACAUCUCCAUGGUGCUACACAAUGAGUUUGUUGGAAAAGACAUGGCUGAUAACCCAUUGAACUCCAUUUUUGUUCCAAGCAACAGACCAGUUCAGCAGUCACUUAUACAAGCAGUUGGAAUCACAAAGCGGGGCGUUUAUAUUGAAUCUAGCAGUGGAUUUGGGCAGUCGGGGGAAAGUAUUCAUUGCCACCAUGGUUUGCUGUCAGCUGAGAUUGGGCAGCUAUCCACCAUUCCUCCAAAACAAAGAACGCCUGAAGCCAUUCAAAAUUACAUCAAAAGUAAACGAGACCUACCCCAUGAGGCAUUUAAAGGAGGUUUCAUUCUAGAAAAAGUAGCAAAUCCCUUCUCGAAAGGACACUUGAGAUUGAUCAACACUAACAUUGACGACAAUCCCGCUGUGACCUUCAACUACUUUCAUCAUCCAUAUGAUCUUCAUCGCUGCGUUGAAGGGGUUCGAAUGCUUACAAAGAUUGCAGAUUCUGAAUACUUCACGAACUUUACACAGUGUGAUAAGGAAACAUUAGACAAGCUGCUUAACAUUAGUGUAAAGGCCAACAUCAACCUCAUACCCAAGCAUACCAAUGACACCAAGUCCUUGGAGCAGUUUUGUAAAGACACUGUGAUCACAAUCUGGCACUACCAUGGAGGGUGUCUAGUGGACAAGGUGGUGAGCCAUGACCUUAAAGUUCUCGGUGUAACUAGACUGCGUAUUAUCGAUGGUUCAACAUUCAGCGAGUCCCCGGGCACCAAUCCUCAAGCUACUGUUAUGAUGAUGGGAAGGUACAUGGGCCUGAAAAUCUUAAUGGAUAGAUUGGGAAAGAGAGCUGGAACAUAGGAAGCAUAAAGAAGCAGUGUUAGUUGUUAGUGAAAGAGUGAUCGAUCUGGUGUCUUGAUUCUUAAAGAACAGUGGACGUAUACAGAUCUCUGGCUUGCCUGGAAAUUACAAAAAAAUUAAUAUGAUAAGUAUUCUUUACAUUUAGUCUCUUUCAGCUACUUGGUUCCAUUUUGUUUUGUAUUAUCUUGAUAGUUAGUGUGUUUUCAUUCUUUUAAUGCACGGGAAGAAAAUGAGGGAGGGAAGAAGAAGAAGGAGACUGGUCUCAACUAGACUUGUUCUUUAUGUCUGAGCUAGAUUAUAGUGAUUGUGCAUCUGUAGUUGUGUACGUAUCAUCAUGUAUCUUGUGAUCUUGAUAGAUGACAGUGUGAAUAACUUUCAAGUGGAAGAUCUAACUUGUUUGCUUUUAUUCAAUGAAUUCUUUGUCCA